AGUUCAGUGUCUGUUCACUUUGACGGUUCUAGAUUCAUUUUGUGUCAUUGAUAAAAUACUUUCAAUUUUAAAUAUUAUUUCUAUAAUAUGGCUGCCAAACGUCUUCCCAGUGUUCCAGGAUUUAUUCAAACUCACAAGCGAUCAAAGUUGGAAGGAAUUGGUCGAACAGUUAUAGCGGGAAUCCUAAGAACUUCAAGUUUACCAUCACCAAUUAUACGACUCGAGGACCAUCAAGGCGCAAUUAAUUCUUGCAAAUUUCAUCCUUUGGGUGAACUUGUCAUGUCAGCUGGAUAUGAUAAACAAAUUUAUAUUCGUUGUGUUUAUGGUGACACUGGUGGUGUUAUGACCAUGACUGGCCAUAGAGGUACCAUUACGGAAACGCAGUUCUCACCAGAUGGAAGCACAGUGUAUAGUAGUUCCUUGGAUGAUUCCGUAGCACUGUGGGACACAGCUACUGGAGCUCGACUUAAAUUCCUUGAAGGUCAUAGAUCCGAAGUUAACACUGUACAAAGCAGUAGGACUUCCAACCACACUAUUUGCUCUGGUUCUAACGAUGGAACAAUCAGGCUGUGGGACACUCGUGAAGCUCAUGCAGUUCAGAUGUUCAAUAGUGGCUACCAAGUUCUGGCGUCUUGUUUCAAUGACAGAGGCGAUCACAUCAUGAGUGGUGGGGUGGAUAAUUGUAUCAAAAUUUGGGACCUUCGUAAGAACGAAAUUGUUAGUAUAUUGAUUGGACACGAAGAUAUGAUAUCUGGAAUGGCACUUUCACCUUCCGGAAAUUAUCUGCUGUCAAACUCACUGGACAAUACUCUUCGCAUUUGGAAUAUGCGUCCAUUUAUGCAUCUCGACCGGUGCGUGGAUUCUUUUAUAGCAAACCAAUCAAUGACGGAACCGAAUCUUUUGCGGUGCGCUUGGUCCAGAGAUAGCAAAUGUAUUGCUGCUGGAUCUUCAGACCAACAUGUUUAUAUUUGGGAUGUCAUGAGCCGUCAAAAGGUGUGUGAGCUAGAAGGCCAUGAAACCAGUGUUAUUGAUAUUGACUUUCAUCCGAUAGAACCAAUACUUGUAUCUGGCUCAAGCUAUGAGAAUCUAUAUUUGCACGAAUUACAGAGCUGAGCAAAAGGAUGAUAUUUAUAAAGAACGAGAUUAACCGAGAUAAUUAUGAACAUUUAUACAAUUUGUAAAUUUAUACAAUUUUAACUUUUGUACCAAUGAAUUAUUACUUUUAUUUCAAUGUAAAUAAAUUACGAUUUUUAAAAAUUGUGUUUUAAGAAAUUUAA